AUGGUCGGACCUCCAACAAAGCGUCAGAAGCGUGGCGAAGUGCCAGAGGGAAAGCUGCCACAGAAGAAGUUCUUCCGCCAGAGAGCCCACGCCAACCCCUUCUCCGACCACAACCUGACCUAUCCCGAGUCACCCGCUGCCUUUGACUGGGCAGAGUUAUAUCCCGCAUACGCAGUGAAAGAGGACAAGGAAAACACGGAUGCGUCAACUGCACAAGAAAAGAGCGUGGGAAGGAUAUCGAAACAGGUUGAGGUGGCAGAUAUCGGAUGUGGUUUUGGAGGCUUGCUGUUCGCACUGGCUCCUAUAAUGCCAGAUACACUAUUGCUGGGCAUGGAGAUCCGCUCUGCAGUAACAGAAUAUGUUCAGACAAAGGCCAAGGCACUGCGUUCGCAGCAUACCGAAACCCAGGCCUUCCAAAACGUUGCCUGCUUGCGCGCCAACACGAUGAAAUUCCUGCCAAACUUCUUCACCAAGGCACAACUCAACAAAAUCUUCCUAUGCUUCCCCGAUCCGCAUUUCAAGGCUCGCAAACACAAGGCUAGAAUCGUCAGCACAACGCUAAACUCGGAAUACGCACAUGUCCUACGGCCAGGCGGUAUCAUCUACACCAUUACCGAUGUCGAGGACCUUCACAACUGGAUGGUGGAGCACUUGGCUGCUCACCCAUCUUUCGAGCGCGUAUCAGAGGCCGAGCAAGAGGCGGACGAGUGUGUGGCUGUCAUGCGCCAGGAGACUGAAGAAGGCAAGAAGGUGACGAGGAACAAUGGCAACAAAUACGUUGCGCUCUUCAGGCGUCGUGAAGAUCCUGCAUGGCCUUGA